AUGCAGUGGCAGGACCAAGUGUGCCGCCAGAUGGUUUACAAUUACAACAGCUCCCGCCACCUACGGCAGGACGACGACGACCUCGUCGGCCACCUUGCGGACUCCGACAACCACGACCUCGACGACGACGACGAUGGCGAUGAGAUAUCUCGAGACAUACUUGCUCUAGGGCUGCAGGUCCCGCACAUCCAGCAGGCCGGCACCGCCACUCCUCCUCCCUUCAUGCCCGGCGAAGAAGACGCGGACGGCGACCGCGGCUUUGGGGCCAUCCCGGCCUCCGCCGCGGCCAUCGCGGGCCUCAAAGAGCACAGGUACGACGGGUCGUCCGGAGGUGACAGCAUGUGCGUCAUCUGCAUGAGGAGCUACAAGAAGGGCAGGAGGCUCCGCGUGAUGCCGUGCACGUAUAAGCAUCGGUUCCACGGCAGGUGCAUCAGGGAGUGGCUGUCGCGGAGCAACAUGUGCCCGCUCUGCCGCCAUGCGCUGCCCACGGCGGACGCGGAGCAAGGAGGAGGAGGCGGCGUCCAAAGGAGAGUGCUAGUAGUGCGGGUGAAUGUGAAUCCGUACUAG